AUGUAUAGUAAAGGAUAUAGAAGAAGAACUAGAACAUUAUUUAGUAAAGAUUUUGGUAAGAAAGGAUUACCAAAUACCACUAAAAUCUUACAGCAAUACAAGAAAGGUGAUUAUGUUGAUUGUAAAGUAGAUCCAUCAGUAGUUAAAGGAAUGCCACAUAAGUACUACCAUGGUAAAACCGGUAGAGUAUUUAAGGUAGAUAAAAGAGCAGUAGGUGUUGAAUUUUUCAGACAAGUAGGAGGAAAGAAAAUUCGUAGAUUAGUAAAUGCACGAGUAGAACAUUUAACUUUAUCAGAAUGUAACUCCGAAACAAAAAGACUCAGACAAGAACAUAAUGCGAGGGUAAUUGAAUCACGUAAAACAGGAGAACCAAUUAAAGUAAUAAAAAGACAACCAACUGGACCAAGAUGUCAAUAUUUGUUAUCAACAACUGAGAAACCAAUGAUUGAAUUGAAAGUACAAAAAGUUGUAAAAUUUGAAUAA